UCCUGCUUUACAUACGCCCGCCCCGCAGGCUGCCCAGGGUUUGCGGGAUUUGGGCAGGGUGUUCAGCCGCCGCGGUCGCUGCUGCGCUUCAGUGCAGGGCGGGCGGGCGCCGAGAGAUCCCCGCGCGGGGACCUGGGAGCCGGGAGCCCGGAGCCCGGAGCUGGCAGCCAGCUGCCGCCGGAGCUGCUUCUGCGGCGGCGGCAUCCGAGUUGAUUUCCGUCUUACGAACACUGAGGCGGCGCCCGGAGGCUUGUGCACCCGGCCGGGCCCAGGAAGGAGAAGGUCAGAUACUUUUUAUUUUAUUUUGGAAGGAAGGGGCGAGUCCCGGGGGCCCGCUCUUCGGUGCGCCCAGCUCCGGCCCGGACUCUGGAAGAUGACUCCGGGGUCUGCCGGGUGCAUUCCAGCGGCGGCGGCUCGGACUGGAUGGUGGACAGCCGCGUGGCGCUGCGCAUCCACGAGCACGCCGCCAUCUACCUGACGGCCUGCAUGGAGAGCCUGUUCCGGGACAUCUACGCGCGAGCCGCGGCCCCCCCGCCGGCCGCCGCGGCCAACCACCACCACCAUCACCACCACACACUCCACGAGGCGCCCAAGUUCACCGUGGAGACGCUGGAGCACACGGUCAACAACGACUCCGAGAUCUGGGGGCUCCUGCAGCCUUACCAGCACCUCAUCUGCGGGAAGAACGCCAGCGGAGUGCUGUGCCUGCCAGACAGCCUGAAUCUGCACAGGGACCCGCAGCGGGCAAACAAGCCGGGAGAAAUGCCCAUGUUCAGCCAGUCGGAGCUGAGGACCAUCGAGCAGUCCUUGCUGGCCACCCGCGUGGGCAGCAUCGCAGAACUGAGCGACCUGGUGUCCCGAGCAAUGCACCACCUGCAGCCCCUCAAUGCCAAGCACCACGGCAACGGCACCCCCCUGCACCACAAGCAGGGGGCGCUCUACUGGGAGCCUGAGGCCCUGUACACCCUUUGCUAUUUCAUGCACUGCCCGCAAAUGGAGUGGGAAAAUCCCAACGUGGAGCCUUCCAAAGUCAACCUCCAGGUGGAAAGUUGUGACGGACAUCACAUGGCCCACGAGGCUGAAAAAUACUCUGGCCUUUUCCAGAAAAAUUUGCUGACCCCUGAUGUUCUGAGUUGUAACCUAAGCAGUGUGUUGGCAGCUGCCAGCACCAGCGGGUUUCACGUGUUAUGGAAAACAGCCCGGGCAGUGCAGCUGGUCACUUGCCCGGCCCGUCCCUGGGGAGGCCGCCGCACCCCGCUGACCAUCUCUCCCUCCCUUAGGGCUGACGACUGCUUUUUUGCUUCUCGGAAGCUGGACGCAGUGGCCAUCGAAGCCAAGUUUAAGCAGGACCUGGGUUUCCGGAUGCUGAACUGUGGGCGGACGGAUCUGGUGAAGCAGGCGGUGUCGCUCCUGGGGCCCGAUGGGAUCAACACCAUGAGCGAACAGGGCAUGACCCCCCUGAUGUACGCCUGCGUCCGUGGGGACGAGGCGAUGGUGCAGAUGCUGCUGGAUGCCGGAGCUGACCUGAAUGUGGAGGUUGUCAGUACUCCUCAUAAAUAUCCAUCCGUCCACCCCGAGACCCGCCAUUGGACGGCUCUGACUUUUGCUGUGUUGCAUGGACAUAUUCCUGUAGUGCAGCUGCUCCUGGACGCCGGGGCCAAGGUGGAGGGCUCUGUGGAGCACGGCGAGGAGAACUACUCGGAGACGCCCCUGCAGCUCGCAGCCGCCGUGGGCAAUUUUGAGCUGGUUAGUUUGCUGUUGGAGCGAGGUGCGGACCCCCUGAUAGGAACCAUGCACAGGAAUGGAAUUUCUACAACCCCCCAGGGGGACAUGAACUCUUUCAGCCAGGCCGCAGCCCACGGACACAGGAACGUGUUCCGCAAACUGCUCGCCCAGCCAGAGAAGGAGAAGAGUGAUAUCCUGUCCCUGGAGGAGAUUCUGGCCGAGGGGACAGACCUGGCGGAGACAGCCCCGCCCCCCCUGUGCGCCAGCCGCAACAGCAAGGCCAAACUGAGAGCCCUGAGGGAGGCCAUGUAUCACAGCGCUGAACAUGGCUACGUGGAUGUCACAAUUGACAUCAGGAGCAUCGGUGUCCCGUGGACCCUGCACACGUGGCUGGAAUCCUUGCGGAUCGCCUUCCAGCAGCACCGCCGGCCCCUCAUCCAGGGCCUGUUGAAGGAGUUCAAGACCAUCCAGGAGGAAGAGUACACGGAGGAGCUCAUCACCCAGGGCCUGCCCCUCAUGUUCGAGAUCCUGAAAGCCAGCAAGAAUGAAGUGAUCAGCCAGCAGCUGUGUGUCAUCUUCACUCACUGCUACGGGCCCUACCCCAUCCCCAAGCUCACGGAGAUCAAACGGAAGCAGACCUCGCGCCUGGACCCUCAUUUCCUCAACAAUAAAGAAAUGUCCGAUGUCACCUUCCUGGUGGAAGGAAGACCGUUUUAUGCUCACAGAGUGCUGUUAUUUACAGCCUCUCCGAGGUUCAAAGCGCUGCUCUCCAGCAAGCCGACAAAUGACAGCAGCUGCAUAGAGAUCGGCUACGUGAAGUACCCCAUCUUUCAGCUGGUCAUGCAGUAUCUCUACUACGGUGGCCCGGAGUCGCUGCUCAUUAAAAACAACGAGAUCAUGGAGCUUCUGUCUGCUGCUAAAUUUUUCCAGCUGGAGGCUCUGCAGCGACACUGUGAGAUUAUCUGUGCCAAAGGCAUCAACUCGGACAACUGCGUGGACAUUUACAACCACGCCAAGUUCCUCGGAGUCACCGAGCUCUCCGCGUACUGUGAAGGCUACUUUCUCAAAAAUAUGAUGGUCCUCAUUGAGAACGAGGCGUUCAAGCAGCUCCUCUACGACAAGAAUGGCGAAGGCACGGGCCAGGAUGUGCUGCAGGACUUACAGAGGACGUUGGCCAUCAGGAUUCAGUCCAUCCACUUGUCAUCUUCCAAAGGCUCCGUCGUGUGAAGCGUCCAGUGCAGGGUCCGCUCCCCGGGACGUGCCAGUGCUCCUGCUGCACUGGCUCCACACAAACACACGUUUCAUCUGGCGUCUGCUUUUGGCUGGGCCAGGGAGCUGCCUCUAC